AUGAUGCGUGGAUUCAAGCAAAAGUUGAUAAAGAAGACUACGGGAAGUACGUCUUCUAGUUCUAAUCAAAAACGGAAGGAUAAGGAAAAGGAAGAAAAAAAAGAGAAGGAACACUCAAAGCGAUCUCCCAGUACUUCGGGUAGUUCUUCUGCAAGAUCAUCACUAGAUAAGACUAGCCAUAGAUCUGGAAGUACCGGAUCGAAUGCCGGUAGCUCUAGAAGAGUAGAUUCGAAGUCGGGUAGCAAUAACCAUAAUAAUCAUGGUAGCAGUAAUAGUAACGCCAGCGGAAGCGGUAGUUCUGCGAACAAUAAUCAGAAUGAUGGUGUGCCAAGGACUCCAUCCGUUAACAUAACGAAAGCAGAUUCCAAUGCAGUUGGUAAACCUACUUUAAUAGGAGCUGCAGCUCAAGUAACACCGCCUCCUACAAGCCCAAAAGCUCAGCCGGCUUCUUUGAAUACUCCAUCCAGUGCUACCGGUAGUACUACAGUAUUGAAGGAUUCUCAGCGUUCGCCAACUUCCAUAGAAAUACCCAGAUCGUCUCAUUCUUUUGAAAGGUUACCAACCCCGACUAAACUCAAUGCAGACAGCGACCUUGAAAUGAUAAAAACCCCUCAGCGUCACUCUUCUUCUAGAUUUGAACCAUCUCGUUAUACCCAAAUCGUAAAAUUACCAAGGUUCGAGGAGGUCCUGCCAGAAGAACAAAUUCCGUUAUUCAUUACUAAGGUCGACCAAUGUAACACAAUGUUUGACUUCAAUGAUCCUAGUUUCGAUAUUCAAGGUAAGGAAAUUAAGAGGGUAACUUUACAGGAGUUGAUCGAAUUCAUUGUUACAAACAGAUUCACUUAUACUGAAGAGAUGUAUGAGCAUGUGGUGAACAUGUUCAAGAUUAAUCUUUUCAGACCUAUUCCUCCUCAAGUAAAUCCAGUAGGUGAUGUUUUCGAUCCAGAUGAAGAUGAACCGGUUAAUGAGCUAGCAUGGCCCCACAUGCAAUAUGUUUAUGAAUUCUUUUUAAGAUUUGUUGAAUCACCAGAUUUCAAUCAUCAGAUCGCAAAACAAUACAUCGAUCAAAACUUCAUUUUGAAGUUGUUGGAGCUAUUUUCCAGUGAAGACAUCAGAGAAAGAGAUUGUUUGAAAACCACUUUGCAUAGAAUAUAUGGGAAAUUUUUGUCCCUCAGAUCGUUUAUAAGAAGAUCGAUCAACAAUAUUUUCCUUCAAUUCACAUACGAAACUGAACGAUUCAAUGGUAUCGCAGAAUUAUUGGAAAUUAUGGGUUCCAUCAUCAACGGUUUCGCAUUACCUUUGAAGGAGGAACAUAAAGUUUUCCUUGUCAGAGUAUUAAUACCACUACACAAGGUAAGGUGUCUUUCUUUAUACCAUCCGCAACUUGCAUACUGUAUUGUGCAAUUUUUGGAAAAGGAGCCUCUGCUUACGGAAGAAGUUAUCAUGGGAUUACUACGUUAUUGGCCUAAGAUCAACUCUACUAAGGAAAUUAUGUUUUUAAAUGAGAUUGAAGAUAUCUUUGAAGUAAUUGAGCCUCUGGAAUUUAUCAAGGUAGAGGUGCCAUUGUUCGUUCAAUUAGCAAAGUGUAUUUCUUCGCCGCAUUUCCAAGUAGCAGAGAAAGUGCUAAGCUAUUGGAACAACGAAUACUUCUUAAACCUCUGUAUUGAAAAUGCGGAAGUGAUACUUCCUAUAAUUUUCCCGCCCCUAUACAAACUAACCUCACAACUGGACAAGAAUGAUCCGUUGAGUUUAGAGGAUGGUGAUAAUGGUGAAGAUCCGUACUUAAUGGUCGAGCAAGCCAUAAAUUCCGGCUCAUGGAAUCGUGCCAUUCAUGCAAUGGCUUUCAAAGCAUUGAAAAUUUUCCUUGAAACGAACAAUGUCUUAUACGAAAAUUGCAACGCACUUUACAUAUCUAGUUUGAAAGAAAACAACAGACGUCAAAAAGAGAGGGAAAUGAACUGGAAACAAUUAGAGGAUUACGUUUCGAAGUUGAAGAUCGCAGAAAGUUGA